AUGGUUGAUCCAAGUAGAGCCACGAACGGACACUUCACUGGUUCCGCACAGCCUCAUCCUUCUGUCCUGCGAGCAGACGGGGGCCCUACGACUGUGCUCAUCCGACAUCUCCCGCCUGGCAUAACUCGCGACAGCCUGGAUAAUAUGCUUGUGUUCGCAGGAGACCAGUAUCUCGGCGCCGAGUGGGCUGACUCUACCUAUCCCGAGGAUGCGGGGUUUGUCGCUUGUGUGGCUCACUUCAGUACCGAAACCACGGCGGAGGAGGCGAAACGGAUGCUGCACGGCAAGAUGAAUAGUGUAAAGACUGCUCCAAUUCUGGUGCAGGUUCGAAGCAGGAGCUAUGCCAAUCCGUUCGAGCGUCGUUCUACGAUCGAUGGGACAGUCCGCACGCAGAAUAGCUCCGCAUCGUCAAAUGGCUCGCUGGGUGGCCCACCUCCUGAGCGGAAACGAUAUAAUAGCUUGUACCCGACCAGUGAUAAGACUUCGCCGCCCCUACCCACGCCUAGCAGUUCGCACAACAGCAGCGAAUUUCCAGUGCCUGAAGCAAGCGUACAUAUGCAGAAUCUCUUCUCGUCACAAUCGCCACAUAUGAACGGCUUCUACGAUCACCGAAGGACCGGAAAGUCGACCAUCAACGAUGACAACGAGGGAGAUGAGGAGACCGGCAGGCUGAUCAGCAAUCCAGUCGCAUUCGCAGCCAACAAUGAGUCGUCAUCCAAUCUUCGGUCGCCCAAUAACGAGCACACGCUGGUGUCUCAGAUGAGCAGACUCAACACGAAUGACCACAGCAACGGUGGCUUGAUCUCUCCCACUAGCAACGGCCUCACUUCGCCAAGUAACGGCUAUAUGCAGCCACCUAUGUCGCCCGGCGGACCCAAUGGCUACGCCAACCAGUACAAUGGCGCAUACGAUAAUCAAAACAAACAACUUCCGCCGAAUAAUCCUGCUGAUCAAAACCCACCCUGCAAUACUCUGUAUGUUGGCAACCUCCCACACGGUCCCGUUGAGGAGGAGCUCAAGCAGAUAUUCAGCCACGCGCCUGGCUGGAAACGUCUGUUGUGUCGUGAGAAGCCGCAGAACAGUCCGAUGGCUUUUGUAGAGUUCGAGGACAUCACGUUCGCCACUCGUGCUCUCCAAAGGUUCUACGGCACACUUUUGCGCAACAGCGUGAGAGGCGGAAUCCGCCUCAGCUAUUCCAAGAAUCCACUCGGACAGCGUGGGCACUCUGGAAAUGGUGGGUAUGAAGCUCGCAACCCAAAUAUGCCUCCAGGACUGGGCGCAAUGGGCAAUGGCGGACAGACAUUCAGUGGCGUCUCUGGACCACCGCCUGGCCUGGGUUCUGUCGGAGGGUUUGCAACCUACGGCUACAAUGCGCCGCCAGCGCAACGACCAGUCGGAGCUAUGGAUGGCCAUUUCUCGGAUCCGUGGGGCCUACAAGCACGUGAGUUUGCAGAUCAACUGCACGGCCGGACUAUGUCUGGUGGUAUCCCACCUCAUAUGGGUGCCGCCACAUUUGGGGCAGGCGAUGGUCGCAACGGGCUUGGAGGCAUGAACGGGUAUAGCAAUCAUUACAUGCAGACCCAAGGCCGCUAG